UAGCCAGAGACUCAGCCCCAGCCGGCUCCUGCCUUAGCGAGGAGGAGCAGCGCGUCCAGCAGCAGCCGAUCCCAUCUCUCUCUUCAUACAGCACCUGGCGGGGAGUCAGCCAUCAGAAGCAAAGGAACUUAUGGGCAGAGCAGAACUUCUAGGAGGGAACAUGAGUACCCAGGAUCCCUCAGAGCUGUGGGGCAGAGCAGAUGGAGGCACAGACCUGCUCCAGGAUUUGGGGUGGUAUCACGGCAACCUCACCCGCCAUGCUGCCGAAGCCCUUCUGCUCUCCAAUGGACGUGAUGGUAGCUACCUGCUGCGGGACAGCAAUGAGCAGACUGGGCUCUACUCUCUCUCUGUGAGAGCCAAAGACUCUGUCAAACACUUUCAUGUUGAAUAUACUGGGUACUCGUUUAAAUUCGGCUUUAAUGAGUAUUCAUCUCUAAAGGAUUUUGUCAAGCAUUUUGCAAAUCAGCCUUUGAUUGGAAGCGAGACAGGGACUCUGAUGGUUUUGAAGCAUCCCUAUCCAAGGGAAGUGGAAGAACCUUGCAUUUACGAAUCAGUCCGGGUUCACACAGCGAUGCAGACAGGAAGGACAGAGAACGACCUCGUGCCCACUGCGCCUUCUCUGGGCACCAAAGAAGGCUAUCUCACCAAGCAGGGAGGCCUGGUAAAGACCUGGAAAACAAGAUGGUUUACUUUGCAAAGGAACGAACUGAAAUAUUUCAAAGACCAGAUGUCACCAGAACCAAUUCGGAUCCUAGACCUAACAGAGUGCUCAGCUGUUCAAUUUGAUUACUCACAGGAACGAGUAAACUGUUUCUGCCUAGUGUUUCCAUUCAGGACAUUUUAUCUCUGUGCAAAGACGGGAGUUGAAGCCGAUGAAUGGAUCAAAAUACUGAGAUGGAAGUUGUCAAAAAUAAGAAAACAGCUGGAUCAAGGAGAAGAUACCGUCCGAUCUAGGUCAUUUAUCUUCAAAUAGACUUGUGUGCUCAGGGGCACGGUUGACUGUUCCAGGUGUCUGAUCUGUGGCAGACUUCAGAGGAAAACUCAUUGAAGUAUUUCCUCUAAAAACAAAUCAAAAGUAGAUCGUGGUUGGGAGCUGUCUGCUGUCUGCUGAUCCAUGGAAAACAGCUGGCAGGACCUGGCCAUCUGCUCGAGAACAGAAGCAGCGCCCUGCUGAUGGCAACUGCCUAGCGUCCAGGUGGAGCCACUCUCAGACACAGCGCCAGACAAGAGCUCAUUGGCUGUCCCAGUGGCUCAGGCUCAUUGACUUUAGUUUCCUGGAGUUCAGCCCCAAGUCAUGGUCAGCACAACUAAACUUCAGGACUUGCUACAAGCACAAGGAAACAGCAGUGCAUCAGGGAGCUCGGGCUGGGCUUUAGGAAGCAGAUUAAUAAACACCAAGGACAUUCAAAGGAUGGGUUGCUUUUGUUUUGCUUAUAAACGAGAACCUCAAAUAGGGCUGAAGAGGUGGCUCAGCCAUUAAAAGUGCAUCUGCUCUCACAGAGAACCUGGAUUCAGUUUCGAGGACCCAGAUCGUGGGGCUCAUUAAUGCCUGCCUGUAACUCCAGGUGCGCGCACACACACACACACACACACACACACACACACACACACCUACCUUUUAAAAGGUUUGGUAAGUCAUCUUAGCAUUUUCCAUGUCAAGCUUGACCGCUUGAGUAUGGUUCCCAAAACUCACACAAAGGUAGAAGGAGAGAAGCAACUCCACAAAGUUGUUCUCUGACAUGUAUGUCCCAGCACGUAUGGUCUCACAUCACAAACACACAAAUAAUAAUACAAAUCCAGUGGAUCCUUCACGUCUAAUGAUAAACUGAGAACUACAUGCCUUGUGGGUGACUAGGUAGGGAAAAGUAUAUGAUGUAUGAUAAAGGGUAGGAAUAUCUUAAAUAGUAAGAAAAUGUACAUUGAGAAGGGUGGUAGUGAAUGACUUUUAGUUUAAUGGUUAUCAUUACAAAUAUACUUAUAAGCACUAAUUAAAACUCUUUAACUGUCAUUUCUUCAAAUUCAUGUGGACUUCUCCACAAAGGAUGUUCUCUGUCUCUUUUUCCAAGGAUCAGCUGUAUGAGACUGGUCCUAUGAGGUACCCAAACAUCAUUAAAGGGCAACUUCUGUUUCCAAGGAAGGGAGUAGAUCAAAUCUUCGUGAAAUCCAUGAUACACAGCUGUUGCAAACUAGCAGAGCAGGACUGAGGUGCACUGACAUACUGGGGUUCAGAGGUCAUGAACAGACUUAACUUCCAAUCAUUAUUGAUCUAGCUUUUUUAGAGAAGGGACACCAGUGAGUGCCGGGCCAGCAAGUGGUGCAGAGCUGAAGGAACUCUGUUCUUGCAGGAGAAAGGGGCAAUGGUUUUCACUUUUCUCAGUGUGACCAAGAUGCUUGUUCCAACAUUGUACCGAACGAUUCGCUUUACUCUGUGGUUCUAAGACAUUUCUGCCCAUCGCGCUGGGUAGGGUGUGGUACAGCUGCUCACGUCAGAGCCUCAGGAAGCAAAGCAAGGCAGCGACAGGAAAGGGAGAGGACAAGACAGAGACCCCAGGAAUAUAUCUCACGUGGCAUGUUUCCACGUUCUGCCACUUCCCAAGAGUCUGCUCAGAUUCCGAUUCAGGAAUGGAUUAACCCAUCCAUUAUGUCAGCCUUCAGGGACACACUCGGAGGGUACUUUACUCCUCUUGGUAUUUCUCAAGAUGGUGUCAAAAUUAAUUCCUAGAACGUUGGUUUAAUAUUGUUCCCUGUUGUUUAAACACCUAAGACUCAGAAAUUAAAUUUUUGUUGGCUUCAGAGUUUUGGGAGCUAAGGUGUGGGUCUGUGGUAAAACAUCUGGCCUGGGGGCUAAGGGGAUUUACUUGUUCUGUUUGUAUUUUAUGGAAUAAAGCAACGUCCUGAUAAAAUGCAUUGUGUCAAGUUUGCAAAAUAAGGAGUAACACGUGGCUCCUCCUAAAAUGUAUGGCUUUUAUGUUCUUAGAAACAAUAAUCUUUCUCUCCUACUAAACAGUCUACUUACCUUCUGUAAAAGGAGUUUAUUUGUAUCCUUUAGUUCUGUUCAUUAAAUGAAAAGUGCAUGUUUUUGUGGUA